GGCGGCCGGUCUCUUCGGCCGUUUCUGUCUCAAGCGUGGACUUCCGCGUCUCCCCGACAACAUUUCAGUCGCCCGCCAUGGCCUCGGCAACUACUAAAAGGCACCCCGCGAAGGGCUCCCGUAAUAGGUGGGAUGCUCAUGGCCACUCUGGCACCAGCUGCCUUUUUGAAACUUGCGAAAGAGCAUGAUGGCCAUGACAAGACCGCGGAAAUGCAGAUGCUGGAGGCUUCGCGCGAAGAGGUCCGGAAGACGGUUUCACCCGACGCGCAAGGCCUUUCGAAGCUCUGCCAGACAAUAUGGGUCUAUUUCUAUUGUUAUGUCUAUGAUCCUAUCGCUACUGGGAUUCGAUUCGUUCACCUUGCCAUCAUAUUCAUUCCGGUCGUCGCCACGGUGCCCGCCAUCUGGGUUGGUCGCAAAGUGCAGGGCCGGGGUGGUGCGCGGUCUGGCACAUUGUGGUGGUAUCGGUUCUUGGUGAAGGCAAUGGAGCGGGCUGGUCCUGCGUUCAUCAAGCUUGGUCAAUGGGCUGCUUCACGAACAGAUAUCUUCCCGCCGGAAAUGUGCAACAUAAUGUCGUCACUUCACUCAAACGCUCCCGCUCACUCACUUCACCAGACGAAGCGUAUCAUCCGCAAAGCAUUUAAUGGACUGCCGUUCGAGGACAUAUUCGAAGAGUUCCAGGAGGAGCCACUGGGUGUUGGGGCGAUCGCACAGGUCUACAAGGCGAAGCUGAAACCGAGCCUUGCUGCAACCCAUGAGGAAGAGUUGGGCAUCGAACCAAAACUACCAACGCUGGGCGAGAAGGUUAGGAAAAAUGUCGAUGUGCUGGUCAAGAGUUCACCACAGCGGGUGCCAUCUUCGUAUGUCGCGAUCAAGGUGCAGCACCCCAGGGUUGAACAAAUGAUACAUAGAGACUUGCGGAUCAUGUCAUUUUUCGCUCACAUGAUCAACAUUAUCCCUACGAUGCACUGGUUGUCUUUCCCUGAUGAAGUACAACAAUUUGGUGAAAUGAUGAAGCUACAGCUGGACCUUCGGAUUGAAGCCGCCAACCUCGUCAUAUUCCGCCAAAAAUUCAAUUCUCGCACUACCGCUUGGUUCCCAUACCCAUACUUAGAAUACACCACCCGUGAGGUGCUGGUUGAGGAAUUUGCCCAGGGCAUCCCGUUGGCCACCUUUUUGGAUAUUGGAGGGGGUUCGUAUCAGCACGAUAUUGCCAAUGAAGGCCUUGAUGCAUUCUUGCAUAUGCUGCUCAUAGACAAUUUUGUCCAUGCCGAUCUCCAUCCAGGGAACAUCAUGGUUCGUUUUUACACGCCCAGCGAGCUGGACCUCUCCCUUGGCAAGCGUUCGCGUGCGUUCGAUGCUCCGACACGGGCCGAAGUUGAUGUGACAGAGGCAGUCCUCGAGCGGUUACGUCCGAAUCUCAAUGACACCGAGGAUUGGAAGGCUGCUCUUUCCCAGCUCAAUGACGAGGGGUAUCGACCGCAGUUGAUAUUUAUCGACACUGGUCUUGUCACUCAGCUAAAUGACACCAACCGACAGAACUUCCUGGACCUCUUUCGAGCUAUUGCUGAAUUUGACGGAUACCGGGCUGGUCAACUUAUGGUCGAGCGAUGCCGAACACCGGAAGAGGUUAUUGAUCCGGAGAUAUUUGCGCUGAAAAUGCAGCAUUUGGUUCUGAGUAUCAAGUCCCGAACCUUCGCUCUGGGGAGUGUUAAGAUUGGCGAUAUCCUCAGUGAGGUAUUAACUAUGGUCCGCGCGCACCACGUUCGGUUUGAAGGAGAUUUUGUCAACGUCGUCAUUUCAUGUCUUUUGCUUGAAGGAAUAGGACGUACCUUGAACCCCAAUCUAGAUCUGUUCAAGAGUGCCCUUCCUAUUCUACGACAAUUGGGAUCUGGCAGUUCAUUCCUGGAAACUGUGCGCUCGGGUGACUACUCAAUGCUCUGGGUUUGGGUCGGCCUGGAGGCUCGUGGGAUGCUGCAGGCCAGCAUUGAGAGUGUCGAGUAUUGCGUCAAAUAUGACCAACUGUCCCCUAAUAUAUAA